GCGAACUUGCUGAGCAAUGAGAACAUUGCAUUCGAGAGAGUAAAAGGGAAUAUAACUAUGAGCGGUGGAUGAACUAUAAUAAAGAUUAGAAAUGAUUUAUACUCAAGACCGAACUGACGUGUUUAGCGUACAGCUACUGGAUUUUAUCACGGUUUCUUUAAUCGGUGUUUUGUGAGUUUGCCGCGCUAGUCCUCUUCGAUAAAGUCUGCUUUGAAGUUAUUUCAGCUGGCGACGAGGAGUAAGUACGAAAAGUGAAGUUUCGCGAGUGAAAUUGCGUGAAAAUUGUUGAAAACACAAAUUUUGCCCUACCAUCCCAGCGAAAGUGACAAAUUUCGUGCGGUUUUAUCCUGGGGAGUGCUAGGAGCUUUUGAUUUGGAAGUUUCUUUUGUGUGUGCACCUUUUGUCCGUAGUAUUGUGUGAAUUUUAAAAAAGACCCUUUUAGUUAACGCUAAUUUGAUAGAUUACCUUUUGUGAGCUUAAAAUUGGAAUAUGGUGCAAUUUGUGUGAUCAUUGACAGUCAUAAUACCAGUUUCAUAGAAAUUUUUUAGAGAAAUUUAUUUGACUGUGAUUUUUUUCAUCUCGUAAAAGCGAUAUAGAUCCAGCUUGGCGUCUAAAUUUACACCAUUUUGUUUUUUUUUCCUUUGUCUCUGUGUAGUCAAAGAGUGCCAUCCAGCAGGCAGUUGGUGAGAGCGAGAUUCAUUGGUGGCUCGCAUCGCUCGUAUUUGAGGGCUUUUGCUGCAUGUGUGAUAGUGUCUGUGCCCGAAGCCGAAGCCAGAGAAAGUUUCAUCCAAGUCUGAGCAGUGAGUUGCAUGGAAAUAUUUCAUCGCAAAAGUGCAAUCGUUUGUUUUCAUCAUCAAUACUCCGUUGACGACCCGGAUUGCUAGUGACGGCUGAUUUCGAGUGAGACGUGAGAGCUAGCUAUAUCUGGAUAAUUUUCCUGCUGAUUGUGUGCGACGGUACGACGCCUGUUUUGUUGCUGAGAUCAAAUUGGAUAGCUCGUUUAUUUCAACGCUACGACAGGGCUUGCGUGUAUUGACGUUUGUGAUAACAACAAGGUGAAGUACAUUGGUAUAUAAGGUAUGUGAUUUUUUUUAUUGUUUUGUUUUGUGAUCGAUCAUUUGUAGCUGAGCCUAACGAGUUUUUUGUUUUAUUUCUUCUGUUUUUGUUGUUGUUGUUUAUCAAUUUGUAAUAAAGAAUGUCGGUGUCAACAACAGUUGAACCUUACCUGCCAAACUCAAUUCCUUUUGCCCAAUACAUUGAACAGCUUGAGUAUGUAUUUAUCAAUAAUAAUGUCCCAGAAGAACGUUAUAAGACCUCAUUUUUGGCCGUAUGCGGCGUUACUGUUUUCUCAGAGAUCAAGAGGCUUUUUCCUGGUCAAGAUGUUAAAGUGUUGACUUACCAGCAAAUCACGGAGGCUCUAAAGAAAAGGUUUGACAAAUGUGACUCAGAAGUGAUUCACAGCUAUAAAUUCUGGAGUAGAAGACAAGGAAAAUACGAAAAAUCGGAGGAUUUUGUAAUCGCUGUGAAGGUUUUAGCAGAGCAGUGCGGUUUUGGUAAUUUCAAGGAUAGGGCCAUACGAGAUCUUCUGGUGAUAGGAGUUUACAAUAGAGACAUUCAAAAACGCUUGUGUGACGAGGACGAUCUGAGCGCUGAUAGAGCAGAAAAACUCAUACUUAGUCAUGAAAUUUCUAACAACAGGACGAGUGUCCUGAAGGAUGAUGACCAGAAUACGUCCAUAAUCGCUCGGCUAGGUAGAAAAGAAGUACGAUCGCGCUCUAAACAAAAAUACAGAGGUAGUAGUAAAAGCAGCAAUCGUAGCGUAUCUUUUUCACCGAGAAAAAGAUACAGUGACCGGUAUUAUGACGCAAACAAACCCUCGUAUUUAUGUUCCUUCUGUAAAAAGAGGGGUCACACAAGAAAGUUUUGUUAUAAAUUGAAUGGUAGAGGAAAUCAACAUGCAGAGAUCAAAUUUUUGGAUGCUCCAAAGCAAACUACUGCCGGUAGCUCAAGCGGAAAUUUUAAGAGAGAGAACUCAGAGCGUAUGGAUGAUGAUGAUGAAGAUGACCUGCCCUGCAUGAUGAUUUCCUCUGUAAAUCGUAUAAAUGAGGCUUGCCAUGUUAAUGUUUUGGUUGAUAAAAUUGCUCUAACAAUGGAAGUUGAUUGCGGGUCGGCUGAGACCGUCAUCUCGGAAGAAUUAUUUUCAAAACAAUUUAAACAUAGUAAGCUUUUAUCCUGUAACAAAAAAACUGGCGGUUAUUGAUGGCAAAAGGUUAAAGGUUCUAGGCAGAGUUUGUGUUUCAGUCCAGGUUCAAAACAAAAGACAGCAGCUUUAUUUAAUAGUCCUCCGGUGUGAUAAGGAUUUCACUCCACUCAUGGGUCGUUCCUGGUUAGACUGUUUCUACGUUGGAUGGAGGAACAUUUUUUCCAACCCCAGGACUCCGGACGAGACAAUUCAUAAGAUCGACGAUGACUCUUACAUUGAUAAUUUGAAGAAUUUCGCUUAGCGGCAGAUUAAUAACAGCCCACAGACAACAACUAAAAAUUUUGAGUGAUCCUCGCCGGAAACCUGGCACAACUUUCGUUUUCCAUGGAGAGAACGUGCAACGCAAUCAUAGAAAGCGUAGAAGAGAGGAAGACACCGAUGAUACCGCAGGCAUGUCUGAGGAGGAACCUGAUUUUUAUGGCUUUCCAGCCGAAUCCUUUAUUUAUACGGAGCAACCUCCGGUCGAAAAUCAGUUAGGUAAUUUUGAAAUUAAUCAGCAGUCGAAGAACUAUCGAAGAUCAGAAAGAAAUGCGAAGAAGAAACGCAAGUCAGAUUUUGUGUAUUAUUAGUUUGUAUUCAGUUCAAUGUUUGUAAUACGGUUCCAUUGUAUGGAUUUUGAAUAUUAGUUUUUUUUUAUAUAAUUAUACCAUGAUCUUUAAAGAAUGGAGGAGUUGUUAAGAGCGAACUUGCUGAGCAAUGCGAACAUUGCAUUCGAGAGAGUAAAAGGGAAUAUAACUAUGAGCGGUGGAUGAACUAUAAUAAAGAUUAGAAAUGAUUUAUACUCAAGACCGAACUGACGUGUUUAGCGUACAGCUACUGGAUUUUAUCACGGUUUCUUUAAUCGGUGUUUUGUGAGUUUGCCGCGCUAGUCCUCUUCGAUAAAGUCUGCUUUGAAGUUAUUUCAGAGACUUUCCUGGAAGAAUUUGAGAAGAAAUCUUUGGAUGAAUUCCGAAAGGAAUUUCUGCAAAAAAUCUGGGAGAAAUCACAAAAUAACUAUCUGGAACAAUUCCGGAAAGAAUCUCAGGAAAAAAAUUGAUCGGAAUCCUUUCAAGAAUUCUGAAAGAAAUCUCUGGAGGAACUUGGGAAUGAAUCCA